ACUACAAUUAAUUGGCGUAGUCUGAAACGCGAAGGUAGUUUUUCAGUGAAUUUUUCGUAUGGUAAUUCGCUAACGUUUCUGUAAGUCACGAUUCUUUAACAAUAUUUUGUCAAGAGAAAGAAAUGGACGCUAACGAUGUCGAUAAAUUGAAUCUUCAAGCGCAAGAAAACAAUUUUACUUUGCAAUAUUUCGGGACAAACGCAGAAGAUUGUUCUGAUGUUAUUUUCAAUCAGUGUAUUAAAAACUUUUCUGACCUGAUCCCAGAAACGAUCAAUUCUUUGGAGAACUGUUUUCCAGGGGUUUACACCCAAGAUGAGAUAAAUAACUGUCUACAACAGUUUAUACAACGUUUCUACCGCUCUUUAGAACUUAAUUCUGACAUAUUUCACAAAUACUGCAAGCAAUAUAUCUUCAACAUACCACGUGGUACCCUGCUGCCUAUGUGUGCAGUACAAAAACAUUAUGCAGAGCAGAAAUUGGUUUGUGAUAGCGAAAAUUCUGUAGACGCUGCAACAAAACUGGAGCAAAAAACUUCCGAAACAAAAGAAUCAAUCAGAGAAUUAAAGUUUGAAAAUUCUGCACGAAGACAACAUCUUGCAGAAUUAGAAAAACUUGAAAAAUCCCUCGAUUCAUUUAAUUCUAAACUAACAGAAGUCGAAACUUUUGAUUUAUUUUUCGAAGAAACUUUUGAAUCUGUCAAGCACUUAAACCAGUGCAUGAAAAGUGUUCAAAAUUAACUUUUGUUGUACUUUAUUUCAUACUUUUGUUACCAUGCUUGGAUAAGAAGGGGUUGGUUUUCAAUGUUUUAAAAUUACUAAAUGUUUUUUUUACUAUAAAUAUAUAUAUAUAAGGUUUGCUUUUGUUUCUAUUUAAAAAUUAAGGUGUACACUUUUACAGUAACUGUUAUAUAAAUAG